AUGCUGCUAGUGGAUAUCAUCUGGAUGGGCAUGGCAACGCUGCUGUUUGAUUUCAUGUUCAGUGAUAGCGACUUCACGCUUUUCAAACUACCGUACCGCAAGAAGUUCCUGGGUGAGUCUGUCAUUAGUCCGGAACAGAAUGAUAGUAAAAAGGAGAUCGACGAAGGAUUGUUAAAAACACAAGCAGGCAUAUCGGUGCAGCGUCUUGUCAAGGUCAGGCUUUGUAUUUCGUAA